GCAGUUCCGAGGCUGCAAGUAUGGCUGGGACUGUGGUACUGGACGAUGUGGAGCUGCGGGAGGCGCAGAGAGAUUACCUCGACUUCUUGGAUGACGAGGAAGACCAGGGACUUUAUCAAAGCAAAGUGCGGGAACUGAUCAGUGACAACCAAUACCGGCUGAUUGUCAAUGUGAAUGAUCUGCGCAGGAAAAAUGAGAAGAGGGCUAACCGCCUCCUGAACAAUGCCUUUGAGGAACUGGUUGCCUUCCAGCGGGCCUUAAAGGAUUUUGUGGCCUCCAUUGAUGCUACCUAUGCCAAGCAGUAUGAGGAGUUCUACAUAGGACUGGAGGGCAGUUUUGGCUCUAAGCACGUUUCUCCACGAACUCUCACCUCCUGCUUCCUCAGUUGUGUAGUCUGUGUGGAGGGCAUUAUCACUAAAUGCUCUCUAGUUCGACCCAAAGUUGUCCGCAGUGUCCACUAUUGUCCUGCCACCAAGAAGACCAUAGAGCGAAGUUAUUCUGAUCUCACCACCUUGGUGGCCUUUCCUUCCAGCUCUGUCUAUCCCACUAAGGAUGAAGAGAACAAUCCCCUUGAGACAGAAUAUGGCCUUUCUGUCUACAAGGACCACCAGACCAUUACCAUCCAGGAGAUGCCAGAGAAGGCCCCAGCCGGCCAGCUUCCUCGCUCUGUGGAUGUCAUUCUAGAUGAUGAUUUGGUGGAUAAAGUGAAGCCUGGUGACCGAGUCCAGGUGGUGGGAACUUACCGCUGCCUUCCUGGAAAGAAGGGAGGCUAUACCUCAGGGACCUUCAGGACUGUCCUGAUUGCCUGUAAUGUGAAGCAAAUGAGCAAGGAUGUUCAGCCUUCAUUCUCUGAGGAUAUACCCAAGAUCAAGAAGUUCAGCAAAACCCGUUCCAAGGAUAUCUUUGACCAGCUGGCCAGGUCACUGGCCCCUAGUAUUCAUGGGCAUGAGUAUGUCAAGAAGGCAAUCCUUUGCUUGCUCUUGGGAGGGGUAGAACGAGACCUAGAAAAUGGCAGCCAUAUCCGUGGGGACAUCAAUAUUCUUCUAAUAGGAGACCCAUCGGUUGCCAAGUCUCAGCUUCUGCGGUAUGUCCUUUGCACUGCACCCCGGGCUAUCCCCACCACUGGCCGGGGCUCCUCUGGAGUGGGCUUGACAGCUGCUGUCACCACAGACCAGGAGACAGGGGAGCGCCGUCUGGAAGCGGGGGCCAUGGUCCUGGCCGACCGAGGUGUGGUUUGCAUCGAUGAAUUUGACAAGAUGUCUGACAUGGACCGCACAGCCAUCCACGAAGUGAUGGAGCAGGGUCGAGUCACCAUCGCCAAGGCUGGCAUCCACGCUCGGCUGAAUGCCCGCUGCAGUGUUUUGGCAGCUGCCAACCCCGUCUAUGGCAGGUAUGAUCAGUACAAGACACCUAUGGAGAACAUUGGGCUGCAGGACUCACUGCUGUCCCGGUUUGACUUGCUCUUCAUCAUGCUGGAUCAGAUGGACUCUGAGCAGGAUCGGGAGAUCUCAGACCACGUCCUUAGGAUGCACCGCUACAGGGCACCCGGGGAGCAGGAUGGCGAUGCUAUGCCCUUGGGUAGUGUUGUGGAUAUUCUGGCCACAGAUGAUCCCAACUUUAACCAGGAGGACCAGCAGGACACCCAGAUAUAUGACAAGCAUGACAACCUUCUGCAUGGGACCAAGAAGAAAAAGGAGAAGAUGGUGAGUGCGGCUUUCAUGAAGAAGUACAUCCACGUGGCCAAACUGGUCAAGCCCGUCCUGACACAGGAGUCGGCGGCCUACAUUGCAGAAGAGUACUCACGCCUACGCAGCCAAGACAGCAUGAGCUCGGACACUGCCAGGACAUCUCCAGUUACUGCCCGGACACUGGAAACUCUGAUUCGACUGGCUACGGCCCAUGCCAAGGCCCGCAUGAGCAAGACCGUGGACCUGCAGGAUGCAGAAGAAGCUGUGGAGUUGGUCCAGUAUGCUUAUUUCAAGAAGGUUCUGGAGAAGGAGAAGAAACGUAAGAAGCGAAAUGAGGAUGAGUCAGAGACAGAAGAUGAAGAGGAGAAAAGUCAGGAGGACCAUGAACAGAAGAAGAAGAGGAAGAAGACUCGACACUCAGAGGCCAAGGAUGGGGACUCCUAUGACCCCUAUGACUUCAGUGACACAGAGGAGGAAAUGCCUCAAGUACACACUCCAAAGAUGACAGAACCACAGGAGACUAAAGAAUCCCAGAAGGUGGAGUUGAGUGAAUCCAGGCUGAAGGCAUUCAAGGUAGCCCUCUUGGAGGUUUUCCGGGAAGCUCAUGCCCAAUCGGUGGGCAUGAAUCAUCUUACAGAAUCCAUCAACCGGGACACAGAAGAGCCCUUCUCUCCAGUGGAGAUCCAGGCUGCCCUGAGCAAGAUGCAGGAUGACAACCAGGUCAUGGUGUCUGAGGGAAUCAUCUUUCUCAUCUGAGAAGUUUUGCCAAGCGUUUCUCCCAUGCUUCCUACCCUCCUCCCUCACCCUAGUCUUUUCCUUCAUUCCCUGAAUAACAGAGUUAACAAUGGUUAAUUGAACUGAAGAGAAGGUACACUGGUGACAAAGCUGAUCAGAACUUGAUGGAACCUUUAGAAAUGGGUACCAAUCCUGCCACGGGGUAACAAAAGAGAAGUGGGGAACAACUAAGACUUCCUUGCGAGUUACUGGGUCUUACUUCCCACUUCUCAUCUCAAAACAAACCUAACCAUUGUUUUCUGUAAAUAACAUAUGACGUCUAGGAUUCUUUUUGGGGGCACAGCUGGUUUCUGUUUAUCCUUUCUGUAUUUUUUGGCUGAGUUUUCUCUCUCCAGAGCACUCUGGUGUAGAACAUGCUUUAGGUUGUUCUAUGCUGGUGGAGAGAAGCUUUGAGGCAAGUCGUACUAGCCAAGAAAGCUUUCUUUGCAGUAGCACUGGUUAAGACUAAUAUGCGUUUUUUACCUAAAUAUCCAGAAAGUUGAAUAAACUGAACCAUUUUUGUAGCAUACACAUUACCUUAAUACUGUGUGCUUUUAUAUUCACAGUGAACUUUAUUUUCCUUGAAAGCUCUGCCCUGUUAGAUUUGCUGCUCCCACAUUUGCAUCAAGCCGCCACAAGGUGGCAGCAGGCUUCUGCGCUUUCUCUUUGGGGGUUAGGUCUUUUCUUGAGGCAGUUUUCCUUUCUUAGUUAACACCAGCAUUUAUCAGUUAAAUUGUGCAAACCAAGCCCUGUGGAUAUGAAAUAGUUAAAUGGCCACAGGAGAGCAGUGAGAAGGAGUGACACUUUGCCUGGCUUUUCCAAGUCUGAAUCAAAACCUCUUCGUGGGGAAAUAAUACUCGAUAUGUCAGAGGCCUCAAAAUCGUGUGGCUUCUUGCCCAUAAAGAGACGUCCUUACAGGAUGCUUGUGGAAUUACUUAAACCUGGGGUUUUGGCCCUUGAGGCUUGUUUGCCUGUCUGCACAGAAGUUUGUGGGGGGGCCUGUCAGGGUCUCACUCCUACUAUUGUAUGGUUUGAGUAGCUUGUAAAGAAAUUUUAAGUUUAUAAAGAAAAAUAAAAUGUGCAAAUGUGUGAAUUUAUGGGGGCCUGGGUCACAUGGGUUGGAAGCUGCUCUGUGGUAGUGGACAAGAUUGUGCCA